UAUGAUAAAGGUGUCCACGUGGAAGCUGAAGGGAAACGAGGUUGGCAAGUAGCAGCACACUGGAAAAGUUAUCGAAGGCGCCGUGGUAAUCGCCACCACAUCAAUAAAAACUAGCAAAACCAAAACCCCAAUAAAAAGAGACGAAGAAAACCUAAAAUACCAAAUCUCACAAUACAUAUCUAUCUCUCAGAGAAGAAAUUAAGAAGAAGAUGAUACUGGUGGCUAUUGUAGCGGAGCUUAUGGAGGAGUACACGGCGCUGCUGGCGAGGGUACUCGAGCACAUGUUUAAUGAAGCCCCUUUCCCAAGGCGAGUUCGUUUUCUCAUUCUACGCAGCCUUCCCUUUGCUUCCUCUUUACAUCCUCCUUUAAUUCGAGCUCCCGCUUAAUAAUGUUAAAUUUUGAGUCUGAAUUUCUUCCUUUACUUUCCUCUCUCUCUCUCUCGAUUCUCUCUUUGGGGGCUUUUGUUCUUAAUGUUUUUGGCUGUUUAUGUAAAUUCUUGUGGUUGAAUUGAUCUCAAUUUUACAUUUCAA